AUGCAAUACGCCAAGCAAACGAGCGCUUUUCGGUGUCUGAAACUUAGACGACGCAUUGAUCCACGCCAGCACACAGCAUCGCCAGACAGGCCUGACCAAAAUGCCAUGCAGGGCUCUGGGGAUUAUCUGCUAAUUUUCGUGGCUGACCUGAUCCCUCCAGUGUGCAAAGAGUCGCCGGCAACGCCAAUCAGCAACACCACCAGGCCAUGUCAGCAAACAAAGAUGAGGAAUUGUGAGUUAUGCCGGUUCAGUCAGUGGAAGUUAAAACUGUGAAGUGGUAGGAUUGGUAGAAUUUUUCGCGGAUUAUUUGCAAAUCAGAGAUGAAGAUAAAGGGUCGAGCGGGAACAACCGCGGAACUGAAUUGGCCUAACUCGUGCUGCCUGAUACAGUGGAGCAAGACAAACUGUGAAGUAAGAAAAGACAUGUCUCACGAAGCCGUGGUUCCGGUGUUGAUAGCAUUACAAACAAUUGUUGCUCAUGGCCUGCGGUCGUCGGCAAAAAUGUGUUGCAGGACGUGGCAUAUCUCAUGAAAUUUUAGCCGGCAUUCUGAAAUGUGUUUUCGACCAGAACGGAUCAAUAAGAUGGGGGGUGGCAGUAGUGACUACGACGCAGGAUAAUGCUCUGAUAUCUUUACCACGCCAGGAUGGCGACUUUUGAACGUGCCACUUCGCAGGCGCCUACAACGACCACACUGAAAAAAUGACCAAACAAACAGCACGAAUAUUUUUUACCAGAUUCUUAACGUCAUUGGCAAUCAAAAUAUGCGUCACUGAAAGCAUGCAGCGCAGAAUAUAGUUUCUCUGCCCACUUUGUGGAUAAUCUAUUCUUUUAUUCUUCUUCCUCCUCCUCCUCUUCCUCCUCCUCCUCCUCCUUCUCCUCCUCCUCCUCCUCCUCCUCCUCCUCCCCCUCCUUCUCAUCCUCCACCACCACCUCCUCCCCCACCACUGCCCCAACGACGGCCGCCCGGGCGGCCGUCUCGCACAUCAUCAACCCUGACACAACAACCGACACCGACCCCAAUUCCUCCGAAUCCAGCGAUGAGGAUCAGGACUACAUCUGCCCUCACUGCGACCGUACUUCACUUCGCACAUCGGCCUGGUCAGUCACUUGCGAAUCCAUCGCACAGAAGCUGGCGAACCAGUGCCUGGAUCACCAACCUACACACACCGCACCCGUCUCCACUGCCCACACUUCACUCGCACCCUUGUCGAAAUUAGAGCGGCCCACAAGAUAA